AUGAAUAUGUGUUCGAAAUGUAGAUCCACGCCAGUUUUGUCUACGAGAAGAGACUUGGAAGGACAAGAGACAAGCGAUAGGCAUUCGAUGAGGCAUAGCAGAUUGUGGACAAUUCUAAUCGACAUUCCUCUGAUUAUAAUAGUUGUGGCCCUGAUUGGCUUGUUCGAAAUCGGCGUGAUACCGUCCCACCGUGCUGGUUUCUUCUGCAACGACCAGUCGCUGGCUUUCCCUUAUAGAGGAGACACUGUCAGCACCAGUGUUUUGGUAUCUACCAUAUUCCUGGCACCUUUAAUUGUGAUAUUAGUUACCGAACUGAUAUUCCAGGAACAAGAGUACAAUUACCGAGAGAAAACGAUAGCGUCUAUGAAAAAUACGCUAUGGGUAUAUCGUAACUACAUAUACGGUAUGAUUUUCAAUUUCGCCGUGAUUGAAAUAAUGAAGGGAAUCACCGGAAGCCCGAGACCAACUUUCUUCUAUAUAUGUGAACCUGAUACUGGAAAAACUUGCAAUGGAUCUGAAUUUGUGAGUACGUUUGAAUGUACUUCCACGAGGUUCUCAAAAUGGAUGCAGAACGAUUCUUACCACAGUUUCCCAUCGGGACACACGUCGUUAUCAGUACAUUGUGGACUAUUUAUAGCUUGGUAUCUUCAGAAACGUGCGUUCGAUUGGCGUUUCCGUACUGUGUUCGUGGUACCUCUGGUGCAGCUGAUCUGCAUCAGCUUCGCCGCCAUAUCUUCACUCACCAGGAUCACUGACCGUCGACAUCACUGGUGGGACGUUGUCAUCGGUUUUGUCAUUGGUCUUUUCACCUUCCUUUAUGCGGCCAUCGUGCUCAGCAGAGGCAGUGCCAUUAACAGAACAGAAAAACCAAUUUCAAGUUCCAUUCAUCAGUCAGUAAAAUCUUUAAUUUACAACCCAAGAACUAUAGAUUCUGUGUCUCCUUAA